CACACCAAACCAAACCAAACCAAACCAAACCAAACCUUCAACAUCAAUUUUUAAUGGAGAAUAAGUAAGAGAGGACAACAGCCAGCUGCUCAUUGAUUCCUUCCAUAUUCUCCAAGAUUCUUCCUACCCUUUUUCUUCUCUAUUCUAAGCAACAACCAUGGAAGCAGAUUCAUCCCAUCAAAUCACAUCCCCUCUCUUGCCGACAUCGACACACAGUGAAGAUGAAGUCGAGGUGGAGAACUCUCCGAUCAAGCAGGUGGCCCUCACGGUGUCCACCUCCGACGACCCGACCCUACCCGUCCUCACCUUCAGAAUGUGGUUCCUGGGAACGCUGUCGUGCGUCCUCCUCUCCUUCCUGAACCAGUUCUUCUGGUACAGGACGGAGCCCCUCUCCAUCACCGCCAUCUCCGCCCAGAUCGCGGUGGUGCCGCUCGGCCAGCUCAUGGCCGCCAAGAUCACCGACCGCGUCUUCUUCAGAGGGACCCGUUGGGAGUUCACUCUCAACCCGGGCCCCUUCAACGUCAAGGAGCAUGUCCUCAUCACCAUCUUCGCCAACUCCGGCGCCGGAACCGUUUACGCCAUCCAUAUCGUCACCGCCGUUAAGGUCUUCUACCAAAAACACAUCAGUUUCUCCGUCUCCCUCAUCGUCGUCAUCACCACUCAGGUGUUGGGGUUUGGAUGGGCAGGAAUAUACAGAAGGUAUCUGGUGGAGCCAGCGGCUAUGUGGUGGCCCGCUAACUUGGUGCAAGUCUCAUUGUUCAGGGCACUGCAUGAGAAAGACGAACGUGAAAAAGGCGGCGUGAGCCGCACCCAGUUCUUCGUGAUCGCCUUCAUCUGCAGCUUCGCUUACUACAUAUUCCCAGGCUACCUCUUCCAAAUGCUGACCUCUAUCUCCUGGAUCUGCUGGCUCUUCCCCCAAAAUGUCCUCGUCCAGCAGCUUGGCUCCGGCCUCCACGGCCUCGGCAUCGCCGCCUUCGGCCUCGACUGGUCCAGCAUCUCCUCCUACCUCGGCAGCCCCCUCGCCAGCCCCUGGUUCGCCACCGCCAACGUCGCCGUCGGCUUCUUCAUCGUCAUGUACGUCGUCACCCCCAUCAGCUACUGGUUCAACAUCUACAACGCCAAGGUCUUCCCCAUCUUCUCCGACGAGCUCUUCACCUCCUCCGGCCAGAUCUACAACAUCUCCUCCAUCAUCGACUCCUCCUUCCACUUCGACGACGCCGCCUACCAGCAGCAAGGCCACCUCCAUCUCAGCACCUUCUUCGUCAUGACUUACGGCGUUGGCUUCGCCGCCCUCACCGCCACCGUUGUCCACGUCAUCCUCUUCCACGGAAGGGAAAUUUGGGAGCAGAGCAAAUCGAGCUUCAACGAGAAGGAAAAGGACAUACACACCAAGCUCAUGAGCAAAUACAGGCAAGUACCGGAGUGGUGGUUUUGGUGCAUUCUUGUCGGAAAUGUCAUGCUUACUAUCUUCGCCUGCGAGUACUACAACGAGCAGCUUCAGCUCCCGUGGUGGGGCGUUGUACUCGCUUGUGCCAUCGCCAUCUUCUUCACUCUCCCCAUCGGUAUCAUCACCGCCAUCACUAACCAGACGCCGGGGCUGAACAUCAUCACGGAGUACAUAAUCGGGUACAUCUACCCGGGAUAUCCGGUGGCGAACAUGUGCUUCAAGGUAUACGGCUACAUCAGCAUGACGCAGGCCAUCACCUUCCUCCAAGACUUCAAGCUCGGACACUACAUGAAGAUCCCACCAAGAACAAUGUUCAUGGCGCAGGUGGUGGGGACGCUGAUCGCCGCCAUCGUCUACCUCUCAACCGCCUGGUGGCUAAUGGAGACCAUCCCAGACAUCUGCGACCAAUCCUCGGACAGCCUGUGGACGUGCCCGGGCGACCACGUCUUCUACGACGCGUCGGUCGUGUGGGGGCUGAUCGGGCCGAGGAAGAUGUUCGGCGAUCAAGGGCUGUACGGGGCGGUGAACUGGUUCUUCCUUGGCGGAGCAAUAGCGCCGGUGCUGGUGUGGGCGGCGGCCAAGGCGUUCCCGGGGCAGGAGUGGAUUAGGCUGGUGAACAUGCCUAUCUUGAUUGGGGCGUGCGGGCAGAUGCCGCCGGCGACGGCCGUGAACUACACGUCGUGGAUCAUACUAGGAUUUUUGUCGGGUUUUGUGGUGUUCCGGUACAGGCCGGUGUUGUGGCAGAGGUACAACUACGUGCUGUCGGGGGCGCUGGACGCGGGGCUGGCGUUCAUGGGGGUGCUGCUGUACAUGUGUUUGGGGCUGGAGGAUAUUGGGAUAGAGUGGUGGGGGAAUAACCUCGACGGCUGCCCCUACGCUUCGUGCCCUUCGGCUGCGGGGGUUGUGGUGCAAGGUUGUCCCGUUGUGUCCUAGCUCUCUAAACCCUUGCUCGGUCGUCUAUGUCUUUUCAACAACUUGUAAUUGUGCUUUUGUAGAUUUGGUUGUGGUUUAAAUCUAAAUUCAAUUAUACCUUUAAAUUA